UUCGGAAACAUGGCGGAGGAAGAGCAAAGAAAAAAGAUCCCACUGGUUCCAGAAAAUCUCCUGAAAAAGAGGAAGGUUUAUCAGGCCCUUAAAGCCACUCAAGCAAAGCAGGCACUUUUGGACAAGAGGGAGCAGAAGAAAGGAAAACAGCUCAAGUUUAAGCGACUGGAGUGGUUUCUACAUGACUCCUGGCGGCAGCAACGUGACAGGGUGCGCCUCAGACGACUAGAAGUGAAACCUCGUGGCCUGGAAGUGCCAGAUAAACAUUCCUUGGCCUUUGUUGUCCGCAUCCAAAGGAUUAAUGGGGUGAGUUCACUGGUGCAGAGGACCAUUGCACGGCUUCGCCUGAAGAAGAUUUUCAGUGGUGUCUUUUUCAGAGUGACCCCCCAGACCAUAAAAACGCUGCGUGUAGUGGAACCUUAUGUGACCUGGGGAUUUCCAAAUCUGAGGUCUGUCCGGGAACUCAUCUUGAAACGUGGACAAGCCAAGGUCAAGAAUAAAACCAUCCCUUUGACGGACAACACAGUGAUUGAGGAGCACCUGGGGAAGUACGGUGUUAUUUGCUUGGAAGACCUCAUUCAUGAAAUCGCCUUUCCGGGGAAGAAUUUCCAGGAGAUCUCUGCGUUCUUACGUCCUUUCCAUCUCUCAGUGGCCCGUCAUGCUACCAAGAAUAGAGUGGGUUUCCUCAAGGAGGUGGGCUUACCUGGCUAUCGAGGUGAACGCAUCAAUCAGCUCAUUCGGCAGCUGAAUUAAACCCAGAAACUAGAGAGAGGGUCAAAGAAAAGAGGAUGAUGCUCCUGGCAAGCACUUGUCAUCACAGCCCAGUUCCAAGGGAAAGUUCCAGUGUGUUUUCCACAUUGGCUGCCCCUACCACCUCUGAAGUCAGCGGGGGACUCCUGCCACAGAAGAGGGAGUCCUGCUGUGUCACAUCGUCUAUCUUGGGAUUUAAAGUUGGUGAACGAAUACCCAAGCAUGAAUACAAGACAGCAGUGGACCAAGCUCAGGGACGUACUUGAACCUGGGGGUUCCUGGGGCCUUGUUUUGGAAGGAACUUGAAAUAUAAUUACA